AAUCAUCAAUAAUCCCAGUGACUGCCUGAGUCUGCUGACUGACGUCUGCGGGUGUUUACCGUCUUCAUGGUUUAGAGUUCAGCAGCUGGGUGAAGGCCGCUAUGUUCGCUAUGCGAGACACUCGAUCCUCUCGCGCCUCUCCCAAAAACAAACGGCCAUGGAGCGGCCUAUAAAAGCCAGACCCAGCUGAGGACCGAGGUUUGACCGAGGGACAGAUGGACUGAGACGCUGCAGGACCAACACAACCCAAACAGCAAGAUUAAACCGGUUCUCUUUGGGACUAACUUCAGACAGAUCUGCUCUGAGAGGGUAAUCUAUUACAGCUCCUUCAGCCAAUCAGGCUUCGCUGUACGAGCCUCUAACUGCUCCACCCACCGGAGUCGUAGUACUCCAGGUCAGUCAACUGUAACGGCGUCUGAAAGGAGCGUCGCCUCAAGGUGUGUCUCGGCGCUGUCAUGCCGUGGCUGCUGCCCUCUCAGCUGGAGCAUCUGUCUUCGUCUCCGUCUCAGCGGCAGUGCGAGCAGACGUCCUUCUCCUUCUACUGCGCCGUGCGGGAGCGACUUCCUGUCUGGCUGCUGGAGGACAUGCGCGGCAUGGAGGUCUUCAGCUGGGAGGACGGACACCCGCGCGCCUUCCUGCCGUCCGAGGCGCUGCUCUACGCUCUCGUGCACGACCACCAGGACUACGCACGCCACCUGCUGGACACGUACUCCGUGAGCGCGCUCAGAGCGCCGCGCUGCAGCUUCUGCUGCCGGCGCAGCAGCGGAGCGCCGCACCUCAGCGUAGCCGUGCGCUACGACCGCGCAGCGAUCCUCGGCAUGAUGGCGGCGGCGCUGAAGCACGCCGACUCGCUGACGGACUACCUGGAGAGCCGCGGCGGCUGCUCGCACGUGGCGGACGCCGGGAAGACGGCGGUGCAGCUGGCGGUGGAGCUGUCCCGGCCCGACUGCCUGCUGCUGCUGCUGGCGCACGGCGCGCGGCCGGCCGGCCUGGACGCGGCGCUGCAGAGACUCGUGUCCUGUGAGGAGGCGGAGCGGAGCCAGGCGCAGCGCUGCCUGGACUUCCUGCUGCUCUUCCUGCCCGAGCCCGAGGCGCCGCGGCAGCUGCAGGACGAGCCGCGCCGCUGGCAGACCCUGCUGGGGAACCAGGUGUUCAGCUGGCUGUGUGGCCUGGCCCCGCCCCCCCUGCUGCUGCAGGCGCUGCGCUGUCUGGCUCGGUCCGGCCCGGAUCAGAUCAGCACGCUGCCGGACUUCCUGCAGCCGCACAGCUGGCAGUGACCGACCUGUCACCGUGGAAACAACACCGCAGGACUGCUGCGAUUGGACGGUGAAACGUAAAUAAAGACUCAAAACAGGACAAUGCUGAGUCAGCUGAGAAGUCUGAGCCGACGGGCUUAAGGACCCCGAGGAGACUGAAGUAUUCUAAAUAUUAAGAUGAGAGUAUUUGAGUUGUUGUGUUUAACGUUCGGGUCAGACGUUGAAACUACAGCUGCAAAGAUUAAUGGAUUAGUUUUCAACUAUUUUGAUAAUCCAUUCAUCAGUUUGAGUCAUUUUUUAUGAUA